CUGAACGGGGAGCAGUUUCAGGCGUUGUUUCUGCCGCCAUCAAACGAAAAGCUCAACUUUUUACAGCGCGGCUACUUUUGUAGUUGUAUUCGAUGCUUUCAGUGUUUUUCUUCAGCAAGUUUCUCUCCGAUCUGCUGGAUCAGCCCGUCAAACUGCUGAAGAAGAAGAAAGGUAAAUGGAGGAUGAAUGCACUGCAGUCACAACACGGAGCAACACAGGGGGCUGAUUUUGUUCAGAAGUGGGGGGGCAGAGCUGAGGGCUAAACUGACCUGUUCAAGAAGACCUAUCACAGAGAAUCAAAUAAAGGGCAGAAAAGGAAGAGACAAUGGAGGAGAGAGAAAAAAUCUUAGAAGAAAGAGAAAAGCUCCUGAAUCAGAAAGAAAUUAAUUUACAAGAAAGAGAAAAGCACCUGGACGGGGAAAAGGUUUGUUUACUAGAGAGAGAGAAGCAUCUGGAUGGGAGAGAGGCCCGUUUGGAGCAGAGAGAAAAGUGUUUGGAUGGGAGAGAGAAUCACCUGGAACAGAGAGGAGAGCGUUUGGAUGGGAGAGAGGCCCGUUUGGAACAGAGAGGAGAGCGUUUGGAUGGGAGAGAGGCCCGUUUGGAACAGAGAGGAGAGCGUUUGGAUGGGAGAGAGGCCCGUUUGGAACAGAGAGAAGAGCACUUGGAUGGGAGAGAGACCCGUUUGGAACAGAAAGAAGAGCAUUUGGAUGGGAGAGAGACCCGUGUGGAACAGAGAGAGGAGCAUUUGGAUGAAAGAGACAUUCACUUAGAUGAGAGAGAAAAGCGUCUGACUAGAAGAGAGACUCGUAUGGAAGAAAGAGAUAUUCAUGUGGGAGAGAGAGAAGAGCAUCUGGAAGGAAAAGAGAGACGAGUACAGCUGAGAAAGCCUCAUCAUACACAUCAGAUUGAUUGUACUAGACUGAGAGAGAAUACAAAUGACCGGAAAAGGCGUCUAAAACUGAGGAGCAUGCCUGUCGUAGAAGCACAGUCAUGGGGAGGAUCCCCAGUCAUGGGGAUGCCUGAACACAAAUGUCUUCCUUUUAAAAUUAAAAGAAGAGAAAGCCUUGAUAGACCCCCAAACUUGGGAGAAGAAAGAAGCGCACCGAAUCCAGAGGAACCUGAGAUUAUGGAUGAUCCGUUUCCUCUGAUGUUCUGAAACUUCGACUGACCUGGAAUCACCCUGCAAACAUUCAACAAAACUGAAAUAUACUCCCCUCCAUAACCUCAGUCUGCAGGACUGCACGCAUCACUAAGGAAGAGGAUACUAGUGUUUGCUAACACGAGGUCUUACACACUGAGGCUGUGUUCUGCAGUCAGCUGUAAUUUUACCGAUUCUGUAGAUGCAGCUGUCUUCCAGAUGUCUUCCAGGCCUGAGAGUUACAGAUUACUCCCAAAUAAUGACUCAAAUCGCUGCUAUUUUUCUGUUCUGUUUAGCUGGUAUGAAUUUGAACCAGCUUAUUUUUGUCUUCCUUCAAAACUCCCAGAGUGUUUGGAUGAUCAUUAUAUCUAUUAUAUCUCAUGUGAUCACAGUCAGUGCAUCAUAUUACAGACACCUCCUGAAAACUGUCUGUAAAUGACCAAAGGAGGGCGCUAUAGCUACGUCAUCUCCAGCCUUUUUCAGCCUUCGUCAGUUACUACACAAUUCACAGAACCAAAGUAAAUUCAGCUUAGUGGAAAUGUUUUUGUAACAUAAACCUGGAUUUAAUUUCAGACAGACAACCAGACCUGAUUGUUGUUUGUUUGUUGAUAAGUGUGAACUAUUUUCUUAUCAAUAAUAAUUAAAAAAAACAACGUAAAGCCUUAGGGACAGGAACAGUGAAAGAAAUGGAACCUUUUUGAAAAUGGUUCUAUAUAGCACUAAAAGGGCGUCAAUCUUGUAACAAUAGAAGAACUCCUUUUGGUGCUAUAGAACCACAUACAACACAUUGUCCAUCAAUCUGAAGGUUGAUUUCACCAUGCAAAGAUCCAUUUAAGCAUGAAAUGGUUUUAUACAGAACUCAUGGUUCUAAAUGGAACCGUUGCCUUUUUUGAAGAACGCUGUGCAGCUGAACAGUGAUCUUUCACUUUUCAGUAGCUCUGGUUCUGUUUUUCCAUUCCUUUCACUUAUUCCAUUGAUAUUUCGGACAUUCCUCACAUUAAGUGAUUUAAGCACCCAAAUCGAACCAACCAGCUAUGAGAUCAAGCAUGACAUUAUAAACAUUUAGGAAAAGAUACAAGCAAUAAUAUGUACAGUGAUGUGAAGAGAAUUAAUAAUUGUAGAUGUGCAGUUGUCUGUUGUUUGAUCUGCACAGUUUUGUAUGAGCCUUUUCAUUAUUUUAUAUAUUAGGUCAGGUUGUGGAAUGAGGGGUCUUUAUUUCAUUUAUCUAGUCAAUAUAUACUGAAGGGCUAUUCGCUCAUCUAAUUUUUACAUACUCAGUCCCCAGGCUUUGGGCUACCUUGGGCCUUGUGAAUUGAGGCCCCCCGAGGCUCCUGGCAGUCAGAGAAUUAUGUCAGAGAAUUAUGUCAGAGAAUUUGUAUGUUAUCUGUGCUUAGACUCUGUAAUGGAACCACUAAAGGAUAGAAGGUAGAAGAGCAUGAGAGAACACAAUUAAAUGCAAUGGAAUGCAAACUAGAUUUAAAACAACUUACUAAUACUUAAUACCCGAAUACAUCUGCUGAGCUGGUUGCUGCACUUCCGUAGAUCAUGUCUGCUAUGAUUUUGGAACUUUUUAACCUAGAAUAUUAUAUUCAAAUAAGCAUUCCCUAGCUCUGUGAUCUCUUCAGGAUCAUAAAUAUAAAUAUAGA